AUGUGUAGGGAUCCUCACUGCCUGCACGAGCAUUAUAGAUGCGCACAAGAGCAAGGAGAGACGUGUACCAUUUCCCUAUCCCUACCAGCCGAGCAAUUCACUCAUACUCCGUUGCCCCAUGCUGCGAAGUACAUUCGGCUUCUGCGAGCAAGGUCAAGACAUGAUGCAGAUGUUCUGGUAUUCGAACUGGCGGAGCACCCGAUCGAUGAUCUGCCACCAUACACUGCCAUCUCUUACGCCUGGGGCCCAGAUAGCGAACGGCAUAAAAUUGUGAUCAACGAAAAAUACUUCGACGUCCGUAGCAAUGCUCGUGAAGCACUCCAGCAGACAUGUCGAGACGACCUGGAAUGGUACAUUUGGAUGGACUCGAUCUGUAUCAACCAGGAAGACUUGGAGGAAAAGAGCGCGCAAGUGGAAAUGAUGGCGGACAUUUACCGCGCAGCAUCACUGGUAUAUGCAUGUAUAGGUCCUGCAGAGGAUGAUAUCGAGAUGCUCCUCGAAGCAUGCUCAGCUUUGGACGAAGCUAGAAGCUAUAGCUUCGCAAUACACGACAUCGUCGCCAUGUGCGAGGCGUUCGCGAACCUGGCCCAUCGCUCGUACUGGGGCCGCAUGUGGAUCGUGCAGGAGAUC